AGAAACAGACCUAUAUUUAUAAUAUGCAGACGGGUCAGUUUUUUUUUUUUAAAUUAGAAGACUGUCUGCUCGCAGAAAACAGAACUUGUGUUUUUAACUCAAAGAAACCCUAUUUAUACAAACUCAUACCUACUACACGCACUGAAACAAUACCGUCAAUUUGCAUUGAUUAACAAAAUCGUGAUCUUGUGUCACGUUUCGUAAUUACAAAUUACAAAGUACUUAAUUAUAUAUUUUUUUAAAUUUUUCUAACCAGGAUCUCUAUGUAUCGUUUAAUAGCAUUUUCGUGUAUCAUUUAUCAUCAAUUGAAAAUAAUUAAUUGAAAAGUGAAUCACGUUUCCUCGUUAUUCAAAAUGUGAAGCGACUUUGCUUUCUUAUAAAUACGAAUAAGAGAUUCAAAAAUUAUCCAAGUUUCCAACUUACCUUACCGGCUUUGUAAUACACCGUCUGAAUAAUUUUCGUGAAAUUUAAAAAUGGAUAAAAGUACUCAAACAGAUUUUGACCAGUGUUAUUGUGCAGUAACUAGAUUUUCUCAACCUCCUUCUACUUCUCCUAACCAACAGGAACCACCGAACUCAGGAGGAUUGUGUUUUUGUAAAUUGAAUAGUGUUUCUCAACCUCCUUCUACUUCUCCUAAACUUCAGCAGUCGCCAAAAGUAGUAGAAUUACCUCUUCCACUUCCUAAGGAAGAUUGGCUCGACUGGGAUACAAACGAACCGACUUAUGAUCCAACGGAGUAUGUAUUAGCCAAUCCAAUUUUAAGGAGUAUUCCACCCAAAAAAUCCAAAAGUUUCAAAAAAAAGUUUAGAGAGGAAGAGAGGAGACGGUUUGAGAAAUUUAGUGCUAGUGAUAGUGAUAAAUGAUUUUAAUAACUAUCUAAAAUGUUCUAUAAUAAGGUACCAUUUUUUUAAUAAUUUAUUUUCAAUAAUUUAUUUUUUCAUUUUUAAGGUACAAUGCCGUUUGAAAAAUUUCAUAAAAAUAUUUAUCACGACUUACGAAAAUUAUUUUCCUGAACAAUGUUCAAAUAUCGAAGAGGGUGGAGUGUUCUAUGAAGAAGAAUAUCUAGAAGGUUUAGUAAGGCUUUGCUUAGAAUGUGGAAGAACAGUGUAUCCCUUGGAUCGUCUUGCGACAGUGUCUAAACAUGAAAAACUGAAGAGUAAACAGACGCUUAAUACUGAUUUUUCUUGUAUGAAGUGUAAAAAAAAUUUACAGGAGAUUUUAAAAACGGA